ACAUUAUACAUAUGUAAGAAGAAGAAGAAAAUAUAAUUUUACUUUACUGUUUUAUUCGGAAAAACAUAAUUAUUAACAAAAAAUUAAAUCUAUCGCAAAUGUAAUAAUGAAAAACUCGAUUCUAUGUCGCUUGUGUGUGGAGAUGUGCAAUGAUUGUAAAAAGCUUUUUGACGAAAACGGCAGUAGUACGGAUGUGUAUGAAACCACAGUAAAAUUUUUCGAUCCAAUGAUAUUACAUUUGGAACACGAAAAACCGCUUGCGGAAGAAAAACAACCCGUCAUUUGCCUUCAAUGCUGGCGUCAUAUCAGCGACUUCUAUCGUUUCCAACAGUCUGUACUUCUGGCUCAAGCAAAAUUUCCCGUUGAUAUUAAACAAAUUGACACAGAGAUAAAAACGGAAGAUGAAUUUCUAUUUGAGGCGACAGAAGAACUACCCACGGGGGACGACAUUAUCAACGAUUGCAUAUCCAAUGUUGAAAUUAACGUUGGAGAUGACAAAAAUGAGAUGGCAUUGCUGGAUGCAGACUUUUUUGAUGAACAUAACGAAAAUCAGUUUAGCUCAGAUGACGAGAAACCUCUACUAGAGUGUAUUAACAAAGCCAGAAAAAAUAAAUCUAACCAGAAGCAGAAAGUGAAUAAUGCAACAGCAGAUGCAUCUGAUAAUAGCGUUCCCAAGAAACGAGGUAGAAAACCGAAGAGUGAGACAAAGAAAACAAAAUCGAAAUCCAAGACAAAACAGAUUGAUGAACCGGCUAAGAAUUGUGGAGGAGAUAUUGUCCAGGAAGAAUGUGAUAGCGAUGACUUUGAGUCGGGAAAAAUAUUUAAAAAUGGUAUAAAUUCAAGACAGAGGUCUAAGGAAAUAGAUGAUUUUAUAGCUCAGUGGAAACAGGAUUUGGAGUGUGUAGUUUGCAGCAAGACGUACCCAAAUUUAACAUUAUUGCGCAAGCAUUUUCGAGAAGAACAUCCAAAAGAAAAGUGUUAUAUUUUAUGCUGCCAACGGAAACUACGACACCGUUUCCACAUAGAGGAGCACAUACGUUAUCACAUUGAUCCGACAGCUUUUAAAUGCGACGAAUGUGGAAAAUGUUGUACAACUAGUAGGAAUUUAAAUAGUCAUAAGAUGGAAAAGCACACAGAAGAGGGUCAACAACGUUCUUUCGAAUGUCCUAUAUGCCAGAAGCGCUUUGCGAAAAAAACUGUUCUAAAAUGCCAUAUUGAAACCCACAAGACAGGCACAGACUACGUGUGUGGUGAAUGUGGAAAGGGAUUUCCAACAGAACAACGACGUAAGGUACAUGAACGAACUGUACAUAAUGUCGAUAGGGUUUGUGAACAAUGCGGCAAGACUAUACAUGGGAUUUAUGCCCUUAAACAGCAUUUGCUGGAACAUGCUGGUAUUCAGAAGCCUAAAUGGCCUUGUGACAUUUGCAAUGCACAGCUUUAUUCACAUUCCAGUCUUAAGCGCCACAAACAAGUGGCACAUCACGACGGCAGUACUGUGUACGUUUGUGGUGAGUGUGGAAAAAUUGCUGCCACAGAAACAGCGUUGCGAAGCCAUAAGAAAUACGUACAUCAAGCAGAACGUAAGCAUAAAUGUACCAUAUGUGAUAAAGCAUUUAAAGUCGCCGUUGUUUUACGUGAGCAUAUGGCCACCCACACUGGGGAAGACCUUUAUACUUGUCCCCAUUGUCCAAGAACUUUUAAGGUAAGCUCCAAUAUGCAUCAUCAUAGGAAAAAAGCCCAUCCCAAGGAAUGGGCCGAGGGAAGAUUGAAUCGUCCAAUAGUGGCUAAGGUUGACGUUAAUCAAGUAUCAAAUGAAGUUGUUUUAUAAGUUGGACAUUUUCAAUAAACCUCUGCAUCAAUACAAUGAUGAAAUAUACUAAGAAA